GUUUCGGCCUUCUUCUGCAGACCCCGUCUGGGAGGGGAUGGGGCGGCUGAGCCAUGUGCACCACCCUCUUCCUGCUCAGCACCUUGGCCAUGCUCUGGCGCCGCCGGUUCGCCAACCGGGUCCAACCAGAGCCCAGCGGACUCCAUGGGGCGGUCGUGGGCAGCAACGUGGACACAGACCUCCAGUCCUCAGGCAGGGAGAAAGAGCCUCUGAAGUAAGUCCUCAUCUCUUCAGGCAGAGCUCGGCCCCGGGGACUGCGAUCAGCUGGCAGAGGCAGGUAGGGCAGGGCUGUGAGCCCUGGAGGGUAGAAGGCUGGGCUGGGGACAAGGAAGGAAGAUUCUGCAAGGCCUGGCCGUGUGGGAGCAGAGCAGGCCACCUUCAGCUCUGUGGUCAUCGACGGAGGUUGAGAAUAAGGGGGCUGGGCUCCCAUCCACUCCUACCUUGAGCCCGUUGUGGUCCAGGCCACGGGGCAAGGGUUAGUUUUCGGGGGAUGACGUGUGAUCCUGACAGCAUUUUCUAGGCUUGGGGAUGAGGUGGUGGUCAUGCUGGGGGCCUGAGGGUAGUGCCAGAGGACUUGUAAGGGAGAGGUGGUGUUCUGGAAUAUCCAUUCUGCAUUGACACAAGCUCUUGCCUUGGCAUGGGAGGAAGUGCUCAUCUGGCCUGGUCUUCUGUUUCAGUUCAAGUCCUGGUUUGCCCCCUUCCCCACAAAGGGUGCUUUGGAAGCAGCAGCAGCAGCAAGAAGGAGAAUGGGAAAAAGCAGCAAUGGAGAAUGUAGACCCCUCCCUUUCUGCCCCUGGACCUGCCUAUCCUCUCUUCGCCCCAGGCCCUGGUCGUGGGGCUCCCGAGGCAAGGCCUGGCUGGGGCAGGCAGGAGGGGCAGAGACGUUUAUUGCUCUGGGAUGGGCUCCCUUCCUCUGAGGUCCGGAGAGGGACUUGGUGGGGUCUGCUGGGUCAACUCUGGGGCAACCCCAGCAGCCCAGGCUCGGGGAGGCACAGGUCGGGAAUGAGGAGCCCCGGAACCGAGGGGUUGCUGAUGGCUCAUGUUCACUAUGGAAGGGUUUCUCACUCACGAAUUAAAAAAAAAAAAAUUUU